AUGAUAUAUUCCGAUCCACCAGUGAUAUUACUACUAUGGACACGUUUCUAUACAUUGGCAGAAUGUUAUUCGAACUGUGGAUGCAAAAGACGUAAAAUAGCUCGGAAGCUGACAGAUCUGUGUCAAACAGGUCAAAGAUUAAGAGAUUUUGUUAUAGAAGGUGGUCAAGAUUGUGUGGAGUCUAGUCUUACCUGUUAUACGCCAUGUUACACACAACUAGAACCAAUUAUUAUAACAGAGAGAAUUUCUUGUUCCUUUUGUCGAGCCAGAUAUGUGAGAAUUCAAUUGAACCUUAUUGAUGUCUUAACUAUCUGUGAGGUUGAGGUUUAUGGAAAACAGGCCGUUUCUCCAUCAGGACCCCAGAAGUGCCAGAAAUACUCAACUGAAUCCUCUGUAAUUUUGGAACCAUCAACAUCCGCUUUCAGCAGUUAUCCUGAAUUCAGCUUUAUGGAAUCAACAUGGGUCCUUUCAGAAGCCUCAUCAUCCGAAAUGUCAACGUCAAUCGAUAUGACCUCAAUCGCUUAUACAACCACCAUGUCGCCUACAGAAAUAACGACUAAUAUUACUGUUAAAACCAUUUCUAAUGAAUUCUGUUCAUGUCACUGCCACAAGAACAAAGAUGACCCAGAUGAAAUUGAAGAGAAAAUAACAGUAAUCAAGAAAGAUCUGACCGUAAGCGUAGUUAAACUGUCCAGUUCUAGACGGAAGAAGACCAGUGCUACUGAUGAGAGAACAUCAGCUACUGCUGUAGGUUAUGUUGGUGUUGUUAUUCUAUCGGUUGUAAUGGGACUAUUGGCGAUACAAGAUAUUCAUAGUGUGUUAAUAUUUAUUUCCACACACAUUAAAAUAGCAUUCAGACGUGGAACUUCAAUAAGACCACCUUUCACCUAUAGCUUAAUGUUUAAAGCUUGA